AUGGAGAACAGCACAGAGGUAACUGAAUUCAUUUUUGUGGGGAUAACUGAUGACCCAGAACUUCAGGUCCCACUCUUUGUAAUGUUCACCCUCAUUUACCUUGUCACUCUGGUGGGAAACUUGGGGAUGAUCAUAUUGAUCCUACUUGACGCUCAUCUGCAUACGCCCAUGUAUUUCUUCCUCAGUAACCUCUCUUUAGUAGACCUAGGUUACUCCACGGCUGUCACGCCCAAAGUGAUGUCUGGAUUUCUGGUGGGAGACAAAAUCAUUUCCUACAAUGCAUGCGCUGCUCAAAUAUUCUUCUUUGUAUCCUUUGUUACUGUAGAAAAUUUUCUCUUAGCUGCAAUGGCUUAUGACCGCCAUGCGGCGGUGUGUAAACCUCUACAUUAUACCACGAUCAUGACAACACAGGUAUGUGCGUGUUUGGUCAUAGGCUCCUUUGUCCUUGGAUUCGUGAAUGCCUCCGUCCACACUGGGGAUAUAUUCGGUCUCUCUUUCUGUAGAUCCAAUGUAGUUGAUCACUUUUUCUGUGAUAGUCCUGCUCUUCUGGCUUUGUCCUGCUCAGACAUUUACAGAACUGAGAUGGUUUUAUUUGUUUUGGUGAGCAUCAACGUCCUCUUUUCUAACAUAAUCAUUAUGAUUUCCUACGUGUUUAUAUUUAUCACCAUUAUGAGGAUGCGCUCUUCUCAAGGCUAUCACAAGGCCUUUUCCACCUGUGCUUCUCAUCUCACGGCCAUCUCCAUCUUCUACGGAACAGGCAUUUUCAUGUACUUACAGCCCAGCUCCAGCCACUCCAUGGAAACCGACAAACUGGCAUCUGUGUUCUACGCUAUAGUCAUUCCCAUGCUGAAUCCACUAAUUUACAGUUUGAGAAACAAAGAGGUGAAGAGUGCCUUCGAAAGACUGUGGAAAAGGCAGAGUCAUCUAUAG